AUGAUAUAUUCCGAAGCCUAUUUCGUUAAGGAACCAACACCCCUCGAAAAUCUCAUUCUAGUCGAGACUACUGACGGGAGGAUACUGGAGGUUACUGCCGUGGGCAAUGCUCUGCUGAAGACCCUCAUUGAGAAUGACGACGGCGAGGACGAAGAAUGCAUGCUUACACUUGCAAACGUCCACUAUGUCGAAGGCCUAUCCAUAAAUCUACUCUCUUUAGGCACGUUCCAACGUAAUAGCCUCACUUACAUCGGAAAGGGGAAUCGUUUAAGAGUCUAUGACGACAAUAACGAUACUGUCCUUGAGGGAGAACUAAUUGACACACUUUGCAAGCUGAGACUCACAUUAUUUAAAGCUACAAUAGCUAAAGAGAUCGCUAUGGCCGCGUUAUACACCUACGAAAAAUAG